AUGGCCAAAUCAUUAAGAUCAAAGAGUAAAAGAUCAUUUAGAGCUAAGAAAAGAUCAUCAAAUGAUUCAGUUUUCAAAAUCGCAGACACAAAUCGAACCAAUAGAUUAUCAGAAAAAUUAAAAGAAUCAGCAUCCAAACCCAUCCAAUCAACUACCACAAAUGAAUCCAAUUCAAUGGAAAUUGAAAAAGACGUAGAAGCAGAAACAGAAGAAGGAACAAAAGAAGGAGAAAAAGUUAAAGUGGCUACUUCUGGUCAUAGAAUGAGCGGUCGUGAAGUUUGGAAAUCUAAUACGAAAGGUGUACUAUUAAAAAGAUCACCAUCGACUGUCUUUUGGGGAAAGAGACAACCUGGUAAACCAUUGAGACGUCGAUAG